AUGAGGGCGCGGGUGGGCUUGGGCUGCUUUGACUCCGCCGGGGGCAAAACGGUCUUCUUCACUGAGGGGGACGGUGGGUCGGGUGAGCCGAGGAGCCAUUUGGAGCGCUCGGAGCGUGUGGUGGCGGUGGCAUCGACCCGCUCUAACUCCAUAAGUGUGGAGAAUUGGAAAACGAAAGAGCAAAAUCUUUCUUCCAGGAAAAAACUAGCCGUCAGUGUCAAAGAGAAUAUUUGUUGUUUUUGCAUUUUCUGUCGUGUGUUUGUCAGGAAAGGUUUUGUGAUAUUUCACAUCAAAAACCUAAAGGCAGAUAAGGCAUCCAAUUGGGACAGUCAUUUUCUUCGUCUAUUCUUGCGGCGGGGAAAGAUUAAGAAAGCCACGAGAACAAUAACGAGUGCCAUCUUGAGGAAGACCAAAAGCUUCAAACCUGGAAGCAACUCAAUAGGUUGUGUGGCUCAGCAAAAUUAG